AUGAGGGAAACUUGGCGGCUUUCAGAGAGAGAGAGGGUGCGAGAGGGAGAGAGAGUGAGAGCGAGCGAGAGAGAGACCGAGAGAGAAAGAGAGGGAGAGAGAGGGUGAGAGUGAAGAAUAGCCGUCCGCCUUCUUCCCGCCGCUCCAACGGUCAUUAGUGACGUGCCGACCGGAGAGCUCGUUGGGUACUCGUUUUAAAAGAUUAAAUGACCCCUUCCCGCCUCUUUCCCGCCCGCUCUCACCACACGCGCUCGGCCGUUGGUGUCACUCUAAUGCUGGCCGACCGCUUCCUUCUCCGCCUGUUCUCCACUCCUGGUAAGAGGCACACAGAGAGAGCGAGAGCGAAAGCGAGGGAGAGAGACAGAGCGAGAGUGACAGGGAGAUAGAGGGAGAGCGAGAGCGAGAGCAAGAGAGAGCGACAGAGACAGAGAGAGGGGGGGUUCUUGGGUCGGAGACGACACUCUUCUCGUCGGUCGACCAGGUACGUUCUUUCUGCCGUUCGUUGCUCUGUUUCUCUUCUUUCCGUUCAGUAAUGUGGAUCCCUGCUGUACCAUCUUUCUUCCCAACGCUCAGCCACCCUGCUCGUUGUUCAGGCAUUCGUUUUCCUCUGUUUUACCGUCCUACUUCCGGCUGCGAUCAAAAUCUUCUUCCCUUCUGAGAAUUCCUCACUUUUUCAUAAAAUCCGCCAGCUAUGGCACCAGAUUGUGCGUCCAUGAGUGCUGUUGACCAGAGGAAAUCGAAGCGGGAGCUUGCUCAAGUGACAUGUAUUUCGCACAGAACAAUCUCAGGGAAGAAUCACAGGCCCCUGAAGACCUGUGAUCGAAUUCCUCCAUCAUCCGAGAGUCUUCUGUCUCCCAGUAGAGCACUUCGCGCUGCCCUGUUGAAGAGACGAUUUGCAGAUACCAUCCUUAGAGCCCAAGAGAAGAUAGUUCUUCACAAGGUAACUUUUCACUACAGAGCAGUCACCGUUUUUAGUGAACUCUGAUGAGCCGCCAUAUUGAGACUCUCAACUCUUCUCUCUUCUCCAUUCCUCAGUGUGAGAGAGGUGACCCAGAGAAGUUACAGCGGGAACUGAAGGAUCUGAAACGAAAGCAAGGGGAAGGUAAGGUUCAACGCUUUGCCCAUCACGUGAAUGCAUGAAGGAAUUUUCUACUUUGAAUUUACGCCACAUUAACGAUCUCAUUCGUCCUUUGAUCCAAAAGAGAGGAGGAGGAUCAAUGCCCAAGCCAAAGCUGUUGAAAGAGUGCUUAAACAGAGGGAAAGGGAAAGAAAAGCGGCCCGAUUGAAGAUACAGAAGGUAGCCUCUCUCCCCCGGCCCCCAUUUUCAAUACUUCCUGCCAAGUAAGGUAUUUUUCCGGCCUAAUCGAACUCGAGGUGGCCAUGUUGACUUUUCAGAUGGACAAGACGGUCGAGAUUGAUGAUUGUUACGAGAUAUGGGAGGAUCUUAAAAUGCUGGGCUAUGCCCAGUACGUGGACCUCUCAGCUAAAGAGCUAGCUGAUUUGAAGCAGAGCAUGACCAUGAAGGGCAGAUUUAGAUGA